AGAAGGGUGUUGGGGCUGGCGAUGUUUCCAAGGCCUUUCAAAACAGAAGAUCAAGACAGUGGACUUCUCUUCCCUGUCCACUUCUUGAGAUGCCUUUGGGAGAUGUAAACAGACUGAAGGAGGGGGGCUCUGAGGGAUGCUCGCCAAGCGUGCCAACGGGAAGAACAAUUACAGCCCCUACGCUACCAGUAUGAGAAGGAAAGUUUCGAAAGCCAGCGGGCAUGUCCUGGAUUCCGUUGCCAACAGAGCCAGUGUGUGGCUUAAGGAGUUGCCACGACGAGAUGGCCAAGAGAUGUCAGCCUCCAGCCUGGUGGACCUGUCUGCCUCAGCCACCACUGCCACACUCAAGAGACCCACCAGCCUCAGCCGCCACGCCAGUGCUGCCGGCUUCCCUCUGUCUCCGGUGGUCCCCCGGGGCAUUGCCAAGGCCCCCAAGCCCCACAUCACACACAGCCCCUGUGAGACCUAUGAGGAGACUGUUCUAGAAGCAGAGGACAUUGCGCAUCUCCUAGCUGAUGUGGCCCGCUUUGCAGAAGGCUUGGAGAAACUGCGGGACGUGAUGCUUCAGGAGGGACAGGUGGAAUCUCACCGGUCACUUGCCCAUGAGUGUCUUGGAGAAGCCCUGCGAAUUCUCCGGCAAGUCAUCAACAAGUACCCUCUGCUCAAUACCUUGGAGACACUGACGGCGGCGGGGACUCUUAUCUCCAAAGUCAAAGGUUUCAAUUAUGAAGCAAAGAACGAAGGGGACAAACGGGAAUUUGAAAAGGCCCUGGAGACGAUUGCUGUCUCUUUUAGCAGCACAGUUUCCGAAUUCCUCAUGGGAGAGGUGGACAGCAGUACGCUCCUCUCUAUCCCUCUUAGUGACCACAAUCAGUCUAUGGAAAAUAUAUACACCAGGAUUACAGGACAGGGGAUGGAAGAGAUGCCAGCAGGCAUGGAGGACUUCGAUUCAAACUGUCUGUCAGUAGAAGAAGUGGAUAUCCUUCUUCAGAAGACUGAGGGUGGGGUGGAAGUUGCCCUCCAGUAUGCCAAGAAUAUCUCCAAGUACAUGAAGAAUCUCAUUGCCUACUUAGAUAAGAGGACUACUCUGGAAAUAGAAUUUGCCAAAGGAAUUCAUAAGAUGGUGAAUACUUGCAAGCUGCCGAUCACUCAGGAGCGGGAUAUGCCUCUGCUGUCUAUCUAUUCGCUGGCACUGGAGCAAGACUUGGAAUAUAGCAUGACCUGCUUGCAAGCCAACAACAAUUUGCGAAUGGAAACCUUCUUGCAGCCAUUGACAACAAGACGUCUUGAACAUGAAAAGCGACGCAAAGAGAUCAAAGAACAGUGGCACCGGGCGCAAAGGAAGUUGCAAGAGGCUGAGAGCAACCUGCGCAAAGCUAAGCAGAUGUAUAUGCAGCGCUCAGAGGACCUUGAGAAGGCAAAAUCCGGGACAGUCAAAGCAGAAGAGGAGCAGCAGGUAGCCAGCAGCACGGCAGCCACCAAGGCCUUGGACAAGAGGCGGCGUCUGGAAGAUGAAGCCAGGAAUAAGGCGGACGAGGCCAUGGCAACGUAUCGGACGUGCAUUGCAGACGCCAAUACCCAGAAGCAAGAGUUGGAGGAUACCAAGGUGAAUGCCCUUCGGCAGAUCCACGAGGUGGUUAAACAGAGCGACCAAGUCAUCAAAUUGGCCACCAUAGCCUUCUACCAAAUCAUGCACAUCCAGACGGCUCCUCUGCCCGUCCACUUCCAGACGUUGUGUGAGAGCAGCAAACUCUAUGACCCCGGGCAGCAGUAUGCCUCCCAUGCCAAGCGGCUGCAGAGAGGAGAUGAACCGGAGACCCUCUAUGACUUUGAACCCUACAUGGCACACAAUGGGUCUCCGCUUCCUCGAGUGCGGAAAGGCAGCUCCAGCACCAGCGAACUUGCAGUGGCCAGUGGCUCAGAGACCGCUGAAAAAGACGCAGCCUCCGAAGGGGACUCAACGGCAACCCUGCAGAGUGGGUCAGCCCCCGUUGAGCGACGAGGUGGGCGGGGCCAUCAGGUGCACAAGUCCUGGCCAACAUCCAUCACGGAGACCAAAAGCAACUUGAAGGCCCAUUCCACGAGCUCAGGACUGGCUGUCACAGCCCCAGAAAUGGCCUCGUCCACUGGCCCUUUCCGAAAUGUUGGUUUAUCGAAAGCUGCUCGGACCCAUCGGCUGCGGAAACUGCGGACUCCCGCCAAAUGCCGGGAAUGCAAUAGCUAUGUUUAUUUCCAAGGAGCGGAAUGCGAAGAGUGUUGCUUGUCCUGCCACAAAAAAUGCCUGGAGACGCUAGCCAUCCAGUGCGGGCACAAGAAGCUCCAAGGCAAGCUGCAGCUCUUUGGCCAGGACUUUCUGCAGGCCUCCCAUGCCAGCUCUGAUGCCAUCCCCUUUAUCAUCAAGAAGUGCAUCUGCGAGAUUGAGAAGCGGGCACUGAAAACAAAGGGCAUCUACCGUGUCAAUGGAGUCAAAACUCGAGUGGAGAAACUAUGCCAAGCCUUUGAGAAUGGGAAAGAGCUGGUGGAGCUCUCCCAGGCUUCUCCCCAUGACAUCAGCAAUGUUCUGAAGCUCUACCUGAGACAGCUCCCAGAACCCAUCAUGCCCUUCCGCACAUAUAACAACCUCAUGGGCUUCGCCAAGGAGAGCCUGCAGGGCGGGGCCGAGGGCAAGGCUGCCAAGAACGCCAUCGAGCUGGUGGACAAAGGGGCUGAGACGGACCAGACAGUGGUGACCUUGGUGACGAAGCUGAAAGAGCUCUUGUGCCAUCUUCCCCGGGAGAAUCUGGCCACCCUGAAGUACAUUGUGCAGCAUCUGAGGAGGAUUGUGGAGGUAGAACAAGACAAUAAGAUGUCCCCUGGCAACCUGGGCAUUGUCUUUGGCCCCACGUUAAUGCGUCCCCGGCCCACUGAGGCCACCAUCUCUCUCUCAUCCCUGGUCGACUACCCUCAUCAGGCACGCAUCGUCGAGGCCCUGAUUAUCUUCUACUCAGCCAUCUUUGAAGAGGAUGGUGUAUUUCUGGAAGAGGAACCAGAGCAGGGUACAACUGGUAACCAGGAAGAUGCUGGCAGUCAGCCACACAGCAGCAGCCCGUAUCUUGUGGGGACCCCUGAACAGACUGAAAAUGCCGAUUACGACUCGUACACAGGACCCCCAGAGCACUAUAUCGAUUCAGAUUCUGAGCAGGAAGAUGGAGCCGAGGCAGAUGCCGAAGAACUGGAGAUCAGCUUAGCCGCCCCAGGCAGCGAGACCAGCAGUGACGAGGAAACGCCACCGCCCCACACCGAAGCCAGCGAGGGAGACGCCCGGACCAGAACUGACAGCGUGGGUCAAUCGGAUUCGGAGAUCGUCUUGCCCUCAACGCGUCUCUCGAGUCAGGAGGAGGAACCGCACGAGCUAGAAGACGAUGCGGUCUUCAGAAGAGGGACAGAGGUGGAGGACGGGGAAGGAUAGCUUGGAGGAAUACAGAGUGGGCCGUUCCCACGGACAGCGCUUGCUUUGUGGACGGGCUCCAGGGUCAAGGAUUAUGUGAGGGAGGCCUGUGUGUGCAAUUAAGAGACUAGGCACAACGUCUUGGGCAAAAUACUGUUCUCUCUUCCCACUCCCAUGCCAACGAGGCUUUUCCUUCCAACCCAUUUUAAAACAUUCCUGCCCCUCCCCCCACCAGCGAGUCUGAAGAUACCUUGAUAAACUAAACAGACAUGAGGCGGUGUGGCUUAAUUUUAAAAAAUCAACCUACGCAGCUAAAUGGGAAAUACCUUCUUCUAAGAGCAGAGUGUAUUAGCAUUCAAUCCAGUAUUUUUUGAUCCAGCCCCCCUCCCUAUAGUUCAGGUUGGUUGUCCGUCACUCUCCCCUCCUCCAUUUUAUCUUCACACCAGCCCUGUGGGUUAGGCUGUGAGUGAUUAGUCCAAGGUGAAUUUUGUGGCAGAGAAGGAUUUGAACCCAGGACUUUACUCCUGAAGUAUUACUCCUGGAGGAUCCAGCUCUUUUUGCCUGAAAAUGAUUCAGCAAACUCUGGGUUUUCAAAAUUAUUUUUACAUGUGGGCUGUUUUUUCUGUAAAGCUCAGCCUGUCCGGGAAAAAAUUGUUUUCAUUUAUGAAGUAUAAAAAAUGCACGUUAGGUCUUGUUUGGGGGUGAGUUUUGUUGUAUUCUUUGCGGUGGAGGCAGGGCUUCAAUGCGCUUUCCUCCGUUUAUUGGCGUAUUAGAGAAGUCACCCCCCUGCCCCAUCCCAUGAAAGAUGCUGCACGUAACCAAAUGUAGAAAUGCCACAAGACCGACUCUGUCCCACCUAACUGUGCAAAGCUGCUUUGUGCAGGAUCAGGCCAUCAGUAUUUUUAGCUCAGCACAUCUGCUCUCUGACCUCUCAAGCAAGACCAACUACCAGAGAACUGGGGGCCUUCUGCAUGCCAAGCGGGUGCUCUGCCACUGAGCUAUACCCUCGAGCCAUCUAGUUCAGGAUCGUCUGUUCAGAUCAGCAGUUUCCCCGUGUCUUGGGCAGAAAGAGGUCUUUCCUGCGCUUGUGUUUGGACAACAGAUUCAGAAAUGCUCCUCCUCUUCAUGGACCAAAAGGUGAACCAAACCCACCAACAGCUCUUUCGGGUACUUUGCCUGCUGCAAAAAGGGGCAUCUAGAUUUCUGUAAUCAACAAGAGAUCAAAACAUCCUCUUAGUGUCACAUACGGAUUUUAAGACUCAGCUCAACCUUUUCUGCUCUACAGGUAACUAACCUUCGAGUCAGGUUGGGCAACCCAUUUAAAUGUACCCAAGAACCAUUUUUAGCAAAGAGAAGCAGAGGUCUGUCAACCCCUUAAAAUGCUGAACUAUUGCCCUAUACUGUAUAAUAGGAUUAUAUUUUCCUGCUGGCUAGAGGUAAGUUAGUGUUUAUCCUUGAGAAAUUAACUUGAUGUAAACCUUCCUGGACACAGAACGGUACUGGGUGUGUGUGUGUCAAGUGAAGGGGGUGAAUGAAGAGAAGGGAGAGAGAGGAAUGUGCCUUAAUGCUCUGCUUUUAAUUAUUUGUACAUAGCUUGGGCAGGUUUGAUGUCACAGUAGCCAACUUCCUUAAAGAGCUGUGUUUGUGACCUCACCCUCAGGUGGUAUAGAGGUACUGGGGGCUUCCUAACAGCUGUGUGCUUUCUCAAUUCUAAAACAAAGCAAUAAAUAUACAACAUUCA